CACCCUCAAAUGCCCUAGCAACAGUGUCGAGCAAGAAAAUGCCAGUGACUGAUUCGAAUCCGGAUUCGAAUACAAUCUUGUACAAAAAUGCAGUAUGAGUAUUUGUAUUUUUACCAUUCAUGAGCUUUGAAUCGUUCAUAUGUAUUUAAUUUCUGUGAUCAGAUCUUACUAGCUCACACGCUCUGGCCGCCGAGGGCUCGGACACCGUUGAAAUCGACAAUGGCUUUGUCGAUUGUGUUUCAAGAAUCUCAUGUUUUUUUUCGAUUAUUCAAUGCUUGUAUUGAAUCCAUCAAGCAUGAUGUGGCUCAGAUUUUUGCCAACGUUUUCUCCUUCAAACCCUACAGUCCUGCAAACAACAGGGCUUCUGGGCAUGGUAAUCUAUUGCCUUUUGCACUUGAAGAUCUUAUAACAAGUGUUGGUAAUCAAUACCAAGUGACAACUCAAGAUUGGUUUUCACAAAAGAAGGGUCAUGAUGAGGAAAGAGAUCCACGGGUGGUUUUCAAUGUUCUGGAUGCAAUGUUGAAGGAUAGUUUGGAGCGGUUGAAAAUGAUGAGGGAAAGUGUAUCAUUGACAAAGAUAGGCCUCAAUGGCUGCACCUUGGAAGUGGAUUACACUGGAUGUGUAGCCAUGAUUAGGAAUUUAUGUUUGGAAGGUAAGUUACGUGCAGCUCUAUGGCUUCGGAACAAAAUGAUACAGAAAGGUGUUAUCCCUGAUGUGCUGACACACAAUUAUCUUGUAAAUGGACUUUGCAAAGCUGGUGGCUUGGAGAAAGCAGACAAUCUUGUCAGAGAAAUGUUAGAAAUAGGUCCCUCUCCAAACUGUGCUACAUUCAACACUUUUAUCAAGGGUUAUUGCCUUAAUAAUAAUGUAGACAAAGCUCUGUAUCUUUUCUCCACAAUGGCCAAUAGUGGUAUUGGGCCAAAUAAAGUUACUUAUAAUAUAUUGAUACAUGCACUGUGCAAGAAAGGGCUUUUGAAAGAUGCUAGAAAGCUUCUUGAAAAGAUAUUAGAUGAUGAUUGUGGUAAGGAAACAUCCGAUAUAAUCACCUCAACUAUAUUUAUGGAUGGUUGUUUGAAGAAGGGUGAUAUGGUCCAGGCUCUUGUUCAUUGGGAUGAAAUGUUGCAAAGGGGUACCCAAAUAGAUGUUGUUGCAUACAAUGUCCUUAUCCAUGGAUUUUGUUUGAUUCAAGACAUGAACUCUGCAUAUAGAUAUUUCUGUGAAAUGUUUAAAAGAGGUUUGCUUCCUGAUAUUUUUACUUAUAAUACCCUUAUAAGUGGUUUUUGCAAAAUAGGAAACUUUGAUGAAGCUUGUUAUAUCCAUGGUGUUAUGUCAAAAAUGGGUGCUGCUCCUGAUCUGAUCUCAUACAAAAUGAUUAUUCAAGGCUUAUGCAUUCAUGGAGAUGUUAUCAGAGCUAAUCAGUUUCUUGUUUGUAUGCUGGAGAAUUUAAUGGUGCCUGAGCCUCUUAUAUGGAAUGUCGUAAUUGAUGGUCAUGGGAGACAUGGAGAUCUUAGCAACGCUUUGUCCAUUAGAGAUCAGAUGGUGUCUUUUGGUAUUCCGCCAAAUGUAUUUACUUAUAAUGCAUUGAUUCAUGCACAAAUAAAAGGAGGAAACAUUGUUGAUGCUCAUUCUAUAAAGAAGGAGAUGCUUUUAAAUGGUAUUUACCCUGAUGUGGUCACCUAUAAUUUGUUAAUAGGUGCUGCUUGUAAUUUUGGGCGCAUUCAUUUCGCACUUCUGUUAUAUGAUGAAAUGCUGAGAAGAGGGUAUGAACCCGAUAUAAUAACUUACACUGAGCUAAUCAGAGGUUUUUGUAUAAGAGGUCGUGUGAUGGAGGCAGAAGAACUUUUGGCUAAGUUACAGAGAUCUGGUUUAUCCAUUGAUCAUGCUCCGUUUCAAAUACUCAUUCAGAAGUACUGCAGAACAAGAGUGCCUGGACGGGCAUUUGACCUUACCAAACUUGGUUAAUGAGGGAGAAAUGAGUCUUCUCUCCUUACCAAACUUUCAUUAUACACAGGCACAGCACAAUAACUGCUUCUGAAAAACAUUUCAUUGUGAUGGUGGCCAUAUACUAUUUGUUUCAGCUGUGAAAGUUGGAUUUCUCUUGCAGGAGAUUGAUGUUGAAUUCCAGAAUGGCAAAGGUUGAACCGUGUGAACAUAUGCCAUGUGCUGCGAUAAGAAUGCUCAUGCAGAAAGUAGGCUAACCUUUGCUUAGGAAGAAAUUAGAGGGGCACAGUAGAAAAAGAUCCCAAUAUCAUAGUGCAUGGAGCAUCAGGCUUCUGUAUUGAUUGUCAACAUGGGAAUGAAAUGUAUCUGAGAUACCUUGAAAGAUACUAGGAAGAUGAGCACGGGCACAUCAAUGAGAAGUAUUCACAGCAUAUUUACUCUUAAAGCGGUUUAUGACACCUUCUGGUGAUUGCUGAACUUUGAUGCCUUUCGGAGGUAUGUCAUCAACCUUGAAUGGGCUGGGAUCCACAAGUACACCUUCAGAUGCUUUUCUUCUUUCCAUUAUCUUUAGUUUUGACGGGGGAGGAAUAUAAAGACACCGGGCCACAUCCCCAUUUGAGCAUGAGGAAUCUGCAGCGAUUGCAACACUUGACUAGUUGUUAAUGGAGGAUCUGAGCGUGAGAAUUUUCUUCCAAUCUCUGCUAGUGGAACAAUAAUUAGAUUGGAGUUGAUGCCAACUUGGGGCAUAAGAGAGCUUGGUCCUUCUGCAUUUUAUGUGCCUCUUGGCUUUCUUUGUCUAUUAUAUUGCCAAAUGGAUUCUCUUCUGUCUCCGUACCCCAGUAAUAUGUCUCCUGCCUUUCAUUUGGUUCUCUUGUUUAAAAAAUAUUAUGCUCAUACAGUGAAAAUAUGUAAUUACUUCGCUCGUGAUAUUCUAGAGAUGUUGGAAGCCUUUGAACUCCAAGAUGCUCCAUGAAAACUCGCUUCCUCCAUUUUUUUUUCCUCUA